ACCGGCGCUAGUACGGAUCUCAGUACUUGGUCUCUCAAUCUCAGGCCUGAUUAAAAACUUGAGACUUAUCCUGGAUUAUGUUGCUGGUUAAUCCGUUUGUCUGAGAACUAAUUGCAUGCUGGACUGUUUACUGGUGGGUUGUCGUCAGGUUGUCAAAAUGUGACCGUGUGACGUCACAAGCAGGACACUUUCAUGGCGUCAUGGAUAUAAAAUGGAUUCUGAUAUCAUCCAUGAUUUAUUUGGCAUCACAAGACCCUGCUAGACCAGCAUGCACUCGUCAGACAUGCGCAUCACCUCUUCUCGUCUGCAACGAUUCUCUGAUUUUCAUCGAUGACGUCACGGACAAUCGAGAGCGACGCACGCCGGAGUACGUCAAACGUCAGUGUAUGGGACGACCGACGUGUGAUGUGACGAGUCACUGCGGUUAUGACAGAUCGCUGGAGUUCUCUUACCACUGUUACAAUGUUAGUUCCAUCCACCCGACCUCUAGACGGUGUGGCGUCACCUGGAUAGACACCGAAUGGAUCUAUGGAUACCUACAGAAUCCACAUUAUCCAGCCCCCACAGCGUUGAAUAGCUCCUGUCGAUGGAGGUUCAAACCCAGGCCAGACACUGGCGUCAUCCUUACCAAACACGAGAUGGCAGCUAGUGAUGCGAUAGAGGGGUGCGGCGCUGGCCUGAUGGUCUCAGGGACAGACUGCAGCACCGGACAGCGGACUAUGGACAAGUUGUGUGUGGGGGACGCCAACGUCACCAGCCUGACCGUGUGCGGGGCGGUGGACAUCGUGUACUUCCCCCACCAGGCCAGGCACAGGGCAAGGUUUUUCUUGGCCUUCCAUGUCAAGUCACUGAGCGAAAUCAGCGCGUCAAAAAACGAGGCCAAACACACCUGUUCUAAAUAUAGCAUCAUGAAUUCACCUGUGUCCACAUCGACAGCUACAGCAACCAAUUCCACGUCUGAUGUUGCGGAAUCAAAUUCAGAAAUUCUGAUCAUCAUGCUGUCCAUCAUAAGUGGCAUUGCUGCUGUCUUGUUGGUCAUUCUGGUCAUUGUCUGUGUGAGAUGUCGUCUGCUACAGGCCAGUGUUGCAGCAGACUACGUGUCGUCAGAUCCCAACCCCAGCAUCCAGCGCCACCAGACAUUCUUCUCAUCUCUGGAACCAGAGAAGCCAAGACCUAAGUUAGCAGACAGCUACUCAGAGGUAAUUGACGCCAUCCCCUACUCCCAGAGAGGUGGCACACCCACAUCUCCCCCCUACGCUGAAGUGGAAUCCUUCAUCAGCCCACAGAAACCUCCGUUAUACUCCGGUCAAAACCUAAUCAAAGGUCAUGACGUGCUCAGCGGGGAGGACCACUACAAGGAGAUAGCUGACCCGCGACCUAAACGUGGAGUACUCAACAGGUUUAAAAUUAAACACGACAGAGAUAAAAUACAGAGGGAGAAUUUAAACUCUGGGCCGGAUAUAAUCCCAGGUGGGAUUAACCCAAGACCUGGAGAUCAUCUCCUGUCUGCUUCCACUUCCCUCACCCACCCAGAGGAUGAUGGGUAUUCUGCUUACGAACCAAUCGGAGAAUAUUCCAGCACUAAACAGCCUCCUACAUUAAACAUCUCGUCCCCUCCGUUACCUGACAACCAUCCGUCAUCCGUGGAGAUGUUUAGACGUAAAUCAGAAGAAGGUUCAAAACCAUCUCAGCAGAAGAUUGAUAUUAUAGAUAUCGGGAAGCAUUCGUUGAAAAAAACUCAACUAGUUAAGCAGGGUACGUCGCAGGGUUUAAAUGUGCAGGAUGGAUUUAAAACACUGCCAAUGAAAAGUUCUAGGAAUAACUUCCAGACAGAGGAAAAGAAAAACAACAAUUAUAAACACUCUCCAUAUAGGGAUGUGCACAAGUCUAAAGGAAUUGUGAAGAAUGGCAUACAGCUGUUUGAGAAGCACAGUUGUUAACAGAAUGUGAUAUAGUAAUUCAUUUUAAAACAUUGGGAAUACAAGGGCGACAACCGUGUUUAUUUACUGGAUGUAUGAUUUUCAUGGGUUACGUACCUUGAGCACAAUUAGUUAAAAAAAAAAUAAUCAAAAAUUGAAAACAAAAAAAUGUUUUUAGUUCACAUUUCACUGUAAAUACACUUCCAUCAACUUUGACAAGUUGUUCCCCACCCAGAGAAAGUGUUUAGACUUGCUGGAACCAAAAUAAUAUUGUAUACUUGGCUCAUCAUGUUGCUGUGAACCUUAAAAUAAUUAUUUCAUUUAUAAAAAUGUUGAUAAUUGUGUUAAUACACACUGUUACAUAAUACAUGUAUUGAACUGUUACUGUCAAUGUGAUCUUUAUUAUACUUAAUUCAGUUUUUAUGUUAAUGCUUACCAUUGAACAAUUUUCUCAUCUAUUUAGAAAAGAUAGAUAUAAUAUUAUUAUGUUGUUUGUUUUUUAAAUGGGGCACAAAUGUAUAGGUUUUAUUGAUGAGAGGAAAGACACCUUGAAGAAUUCACUGGCAGAUGUAUUGGGAAGUGACACAGUCCACCAAAGCUGUGAUGACCCAUGUAUUUGUUUCAUCCAUCUAUUGACAAAUGUAAUGCUAGCUUUAUUGUAGGCCCACGUGAUGGUGGACAGUGCAGGUGAAGAUGAACUCACCUGUCUCUGUGACCCUGGUGUGCGAAGGGAGAGUGUGGUUAGUUCUAUAUCCAGUUUUUUUUUACUUUGUUUAUAUAAAUCCCAUACUCAUGAGGUCUAAGUUGAGUAUUGAACUCAAAACCUGUUGGUUAGUACCAGUGUACUGUAUUAGUUGACCACACCACUCCAACAUGCCUUUACUGCCCAUUAUAAACAGAGGAAAUUAUGAAGUCUUUUUCUGUAUACCGUCAUUGUUUUUUUAGAGAAAAUUGUUGAAAAAUCAAUUUUGAAAAAAAUAAAAAAGAAUUUGUAGAAUAAUAUAUAUCAAAACUAAUUUGAAAUAAGAAUAUGAUAUCACAGUUAGUAAUAACUUUUUGGCUAGUUAGCAAACACUUCUGAUAGGUAAUUAGAAUACUUCUGUAAAGUGAAUUAGUUCCUUGGCCUAUAAACAUUCAUAGGCACUGGGGCAUGUGUAGCGUGUUUAUAUAUAUAUAUAUAUAUAUAUAUAUAUAUAUAUAUAUAUAUAUAUAUAUAUAUAUAUAUAAAUACACAACCAACAAAAAGGCUCAUAAACAUCCCAGUUGUUUAUUUAUCCAAUAAACUGUUUGUAGUGUGGCUAAUCUUUACGUAUUAUUUACUACGGCCAGAUUUAAUACAACUGUUGACCAUUUAAAUUUUUCAAAUAUAUUUUGUUUGUUGAUUGUCAUAUGACAUCUAAAGCUGACAUAAAAUCCAAUCAG